CCAAAAUGUCCGCGAACUGCAACGCGUCACCGGGUCGGUGAUCAAGCUUCCCGAACAAGCUCAGCCGGCGGCUGCGAUCGCUCAGGACCAUGAGACUACUGUCCACAUCGUCGGGCCGUUCUACAGUGUGCAGCGAACACCCGACCCCGGCUGAACAACGGUUUCUCCUCACUACACUCGAAUAUAGUCUGCUCAGCGGCGCAUCCGCGCCAUGGUGGCUCAGGCGAGUGCGCCGGGUCGGCACCGCCGUGCUGCGCAGCCGCCGCCGCCGCCUCCCCAGCAGCAGUAGACCGGACACGUUACCCCCACCGCGCCGACACACCGCCCCCCCUAACCCCCCGAUACCCACUCGCCCCUCCGAUGCACUUGCCUCUUUGCGUUUCGCGUCCUCCCCCUCAGUGCCAGUAGAGCUAGCGUAUUCCACCACAAUAUGAUCGGCCUUAUACGCUACUGUUACUUUAAUAUCGUAAAGCUAUGUCCGCACCCGGCCCCGGCCGCCGGCGCGGACACACCUUUACACUAGCUGUCUAUAUAUUUACACGAUUGUCUGUUUAUUGAUACAAAUGUUAUAGCGAUAUUAUAAAGAUGGGAGAGUUUGUAAAUAGCAAAGAGUCGUUGUUCAAACAUAAAAUUUGUAAGUUCCGCGAGUGAUUUGUCAAAUGUAUUUUACACAUAUGUAGAUAUACACAUAUUUUUUUCAUAUAUUCAUGAAGUAUAUAAUUGUUAGAUUGUUUACCGUUAUAUAUAUAUCCGACGGAUGAAAUGCAAUAGUGGUCCACGUUAGGUUCUUAUACAAGUGUUAAGUAGACGAAUCGAUUAUACAGACGCGUAUUAUGUUUUGUUAUUGAGAUAUAGAUUAAUAUGUUACGGUGUGUGGGUCGUACUGACUUUCGCUUUACUGAGGCUUUCCUGAAACGAUUGCAGGCGAUUGAUGAAUACUGUUGACGUCUCUACGCGGACUGACGCGCCCCUCGCGCACCGAAUGAUACGUUCCAAGAGAUUUGUACCUCACGGUGAUUGUUGGACGUCGAGGACUUGUGUACGAUUAAUUUAUAAGUGACAUUUGUUGAUCGUUUUCUUUGUAAUUUUGUUAGCUUUAUAACGGUUUUUGUGUCGUCGCGUUUUCGGGGCCGAGCCGGUUCCGCCGUCGACUAACGUUGGAAACGCGCCGUCGGCCCGCCGCCGGCCGGCCCCUAGACUAGGUAGAGAACGCGUCGUCGCUUUUGAUGCGAGUGUAGUAUUUGUGUUAUAAUUGUGCCAAGGGAGAUAUAUUGUGAGAUUAAGAAUUAAGUGAAUGAUAUCAAAAUUGGGAAGCUUAGAUGAUUAUAUUUAUGAAUGUGAUAAUAAUAUAUGGAAGUUGUGAGACUAUGUUUCGCGGUUUAGUUUCGAUCUUGUCAACGUAAGUAAGUUAGUCUAUGUUAGUUAGGUGGCAGCGAGCUCCCGGACACCGAACCGGCUAUCCGUUUGAAGAUUUGGCCGCACCGCUAAACCUACGCGACCUUGCCCCCGUGUUGUUUUACUUCCACAUAUUAUUAAAUAAUCUCGCAAUUGGCAUAAAUAUCAACAAUUACCGUUCCUCUGCUCCCGACUAGAUAUUCUAUCAAAUAAAUGACUUGAAUAUUGAAGUAGUAGUAGGAGAUCGUUAGCCGUCGUGCCAGUCUCUGGCAGCGCUGAAGAGCGCUGAUUAACGUGGCCUGCAGUGAAGGGGCGGUCCGAUCCGGAAGUUUCAUUGACGUGAUUCUAGUCGUCCCAGGGAAAUCUGCCAGUAUAUUAUGGUAAUUAUGCUCAAUGUCGAUACUGCGAACUGUAGGUAUGUUUGCAGUACUGAGUUGAGCGUUUGUUACCAGCUGUGUUUUCCCGUCGAUCAAUCUUCUGUUUUUAACAUCAACAAUGAGAUGGUGAUGCUGUAAAAAGUCUGCUCCCAGUAUUGGCUUCGACACAUCUGCUACGAUGAAUUUCCAGGUGAAUGGUCUUCGGAGGUUUAGGUUGAGUUGCAGUGUCCUCUCUCCGUAUGUCGGUAUAACGGUGUUGUUAGCGGCGUACAGUUGGAAUGGCAAUGGUUUUUCGUGAGAGCCUUUUUUCUUUGGUAGGACGGAGAUAUUGGCUCCUGUGUCUACCAAAAAAGUAAGUUUUGUUUGUUCUUGUCGGUAACGAAAAGGCGGUGUGAUGCUUCGGUAACGCCAGAUUCCGCCGCGGCCAGCGUUACAUUUAGUUUUCCGACUGAUAUUGACCGUGUGCUUGACCGUCGAUGGGCUUAAAACUGCAUGGCGAUGCGCAUUUCUUCGCGUCCAUACCGUACCGAUUAUGAUAAUAGCAGUACAACAUUGGAGAUUUUCUACGGCUUCGGUCUUCCGUCGGUGAUUCACGUCGGCUUUCGUGGUGAUUUCUUGAUGCAUUCCGCGAGCGUUGUUGGUAACAGUGGCGAGAGCGACUGUUGCGAUGAUUGUCGCGAGGUUGGGCUAGUUGGUUGGUAGUUGGUUGGUUGGGUAGGAAAAUUUACUGGAAUAAAUAAAUAAAUAAAUAAAUAUUCAUAGACCAGCAAAUGACUCCUUAUUCCCCACAUUCCUUAAGAAUAUGAGUCCCGGUAACAUGAGAAGUCCUAUUCUUCGGGACAACAAGAAAGACACUAGAAAUGUAGGCGCACCACCAGACCGUAUCAUAGGAAAAGGAAGCAUGAAACUUAGUUCACCAUCCAGCAACAGUGCGGGAAGAAAUAUAUAUAUUUCUCUCCGUGAAGAAGUGAAACUCAAUGAGAGUAAAGAUGCUUGGAAACCAACUCGACUAAAGAAAGAGAGUCUGAAUGAACAGGAGUUGAAAACUCAGGAGCUGUAUAAGAAAUUCCGUGGUAUACUUAACAAAUUGACGCCGCAGAAGUUUGAUACUCUGGUUGACAAAGUGAGGUCACUCGAAAUUGACACACAAGAGCGUCUGGAAGGCGUAAUUGAUCUCGUCUUCGAGAAGGCUAUUGACGAGCCGAACUUUUCUGAAGCCUAUGCUGCUAUGUGUAACAAGCUUUCGACAUUGAAGGUACCGUCAACAAAUUCACCCGAACAAUGCGUGAACUUCCGUGCGAUGAUAAUUAGCAAAUGUCAAAAUCAAUUUAUCAAAGAGAAGACAGAUGAGCACGUUCUCAAACUCGAGGCAGAGAUUGCCGAGUCGAAUGACGCCACAAAGAAAAAGGAGCUGCAUUUACAACUCGCAGAAGUCCAGCGUCGAAUUCGCAUGCGGUCAGUUGGAAAUGUCAGGUUUAUAGGUGAAUUGUACAAGCUAAAAAUAUUGAUAUCGAAAAUUAUGGUAUAUUGUAUGAAUUAUCUAAUUGAUAAGCCGGAAGAGGAAAAACUUGAAUGUCUCUGUAAGCUUCUGACCACCAUUGGGGAGCAAGUGGAGGGUGAGGUGAAGGAUCAGUUGGACACCAUAAUGGACAAAAUGCAAGAUAUUGUUAAUGAUCGCAAGAGUAAUAAGAUUAGCAGUCGUGUGCGAUUUAUGAUACAGGAUGUAAUUGAACUAAGAAGGCGCAAAUGGGUGGCCAAGAAUGUUAUUGAUUCACAACCCAAGAUGAUGGACCAGAUUCAGAAGGAGGCUGAACAACAACAGAGACAUAUUGAGUUGAUGAAUUCGCCCAUUGGUGGUGGUUUCCGACGUGAUGACAGCGGAAGUGGAAGAAAACGUGGAGGCGAAGGCCGAAGGCAGGGCAAUAACUUUAUGGAUAAUUCAUGGAAGACUACGGCGACUAGAACCAGCUUCGUUGUCGACACAACCAAAUUGAAGUCCAUGCCGCCAAAGAACUUAGGAACUAUUAAAUUGGCUCCUCACAACAUUGCAUGGAACCAGGGCUCGGGAACAAAGGCUCAAGCGGUUGCACCUGUCAAGAAUAUGUACAGCAUUCUAGAGAAUGUACAGGUCGACCCGACUACCCUGAGAGGUAGCAAGGAACUUUCCCCUGCUGCUUAUCAACAAUCAAAGUCAAUAGAGAGAUCGACCUUCAACACUCGCUCUGAUUUCACCACCGGCGGUCGCUCCGGUUCCACUGGAGGGGCUCGGCCUUCGUCUACGCCUUCGCCCUCCCUGCAACCCGAAGCGGUGAUUACGGAAAUACUUAACGUUGCGCUCGAGAAGAGCGCUAAAGAUAUUUGCAUUCUAGCAAAGUCAGUGACGCACGUGGUCAGUUGUGGGGCGAUUUCGAGAGAGAAUUUAAUGAUGGGAAUGGCAGAAAUAUUCGAAUGCGGUCCAGACCUAUAUAUAGACAUACCGAUGUUAUACUCGUACUUAGGAAAAUUUAUCGCACCCCAUAUAGAAAAGAAACACAUUACAUUUACCCAGGUCCACGAGGCUGCCGAGAGCCUGAUUUCAGUGGACCAGGGCAAUUUGCUUCUAAAAUCUGUCAUAGCCGAGCUCAAGGAAAGUAUGGGCAAAACAUUUACUAGGACCAAGUGGCUGGAAUCAGGCUUACAAUUGAAACAGUGGAUGAACUCCGACAUGAUUACAAAGUGGAUGUCGGACAACCACUUUGAGUUUCUCGAGAGCUCUGAGGAUUCAGAGAGUAUCGAAGACACCAAACGGAUCAUGACUCCUUGCGAGACGCAGAGCAAAUUGCUCCAGCUGAUGAAUGGCGAUGAAAGCUGCGAUUGCCUCAGGGGAUGGGUCAAGGACAACAUUGGCGCCUCUACCGGUGAAGAGUGGUUCUUACGCUGUCUCACGCAAGCGAUAUGCGAACACGCCCUCUUUGGCCCCGAGCGUACUCCGACCCCGCACCUGAGCCACGAUCGCAUGAACAAGUAUUCGCCCCUGAUCGGGGAUUAUGGGGACUCGCAGGCGCAGCGCGAAGCCGCUUGCCUCUUCGGCAUUCAGCAGCUCAUCCAUCGGCUGGAACACCCGCAGGGCUUGACGUUAGAUAUUUUCCAAUACCUACACGAGCAAUACGUAAUAUCUGUGGAUGGAUUUAUCGCAUGGGAGACUUCAGAGAUGGAGCCAGAGGGAAAAGCGGUUAUGCUGAAAGCUUUGACGUCUUUCUUCACGAGCAUACGAGAGGCGGAUAACGAGGACUCGUGCUCCGAAGCCUGACGAGCCGCACCCGUUUCAAUACAUAGGUUAAAAAUCUUAUUUUACAAUUUGAAGAAUAUUAGUUAAAAUUAAUAUAUUUAUUUAUAAUUAACAGCCUGGAUUUAUCAUCUCAAAUAUUAUCAUUCUAUAGAGAUAAUGAAUCGGCAAGGAUUAUAUGUCGCGUAAAUAUGAUAUAUAAAUUUUUAUAUGAACAGUUCGACUCGAGCGACAUAAAAGGGUCGCUGACCUCCCGGCUCGAGGUCGACGACCCAUCCGUUUGCGAGGUUGACCUCGUUCAUUAGUGAGAUUUUUGACACGAUUGUGCUCGUCCCUAGCUUCCGUAUGAAGUUUGAUAAUCAGGGUUUUUUGUUAUAAUUAUAACCUUAGAAGAAUGUGGCAUUCCUAUGAGCCCAUUGGCCCUGGACGAGAAUGGUAAAAUUCCUUGUUAGUAAUAAAUUAUAUAAUCGAGAGUUGUAAUAUUAACGCCACGCUCGUUUGAUCUAUUGUGCAGACGCUCGUGGUCCUCCACACUAGCGCCGUAGCGAACGUUCGCUCAUGUGGGGAACGUCCCCGUGUUCCACAGCGUUAAAAUGUAUAUAGUAACAAUUAUCGCUGUAGAAAAUAUUUACUUAUUAUUAUUGGUAAAGUUUCAAAAUAUGUAUCGCGUGCCUGCGACUAAACAUUGUUAAAAUGUAAAAAUAAACAUUCUACUUUUUUGA